AUGAAUAGCGAACUCACCAGUGCGCUAGAAGAAAUUGCCAAUGCUUUUGCAGUCGACAAGGCAUUCCUUGCUAAGGCCACAAACCAUUUCUUGGUGUCUAUGGAUGUAGGUUUGGCUAACGAAGUGUCUACCAGAGGGUACAUGCCUAUGAUUCCGACGUAUGUCACUUCGAUUCCAACAGGCAAGGAGCACGGAUUAUAUUUGGCUGCGGAUCUCGGAGGCACCAAUUUCCGUGUGUGUUCGAUCAAUCUUCGUGGCGACAAUACCUUCGAUUUGAAGCAGUCUAAGUUCCCCGUCCCUGUCGAGUUGAUGAAAGGAAACACCUCCGAUGCUUUGUUUUCGUUUGUUGCUAGCAAAAUCGAAAUCUUUUUGAAUGACCAUCAUGACGAUUUGGACGAGUCUGUGACUUUGAAAAUGGGUCUUACGUUUUCGUUCCCUGUUGAGCAGACAGCCAUUGACAGAGGAAAAUUAAUUCGUUGGACCAAGGGGUUCGACUUGCCUGAUUGCGUCGGUCGCGAUGUCGUGGAUAUCUUCCAGAGACAUUUAGAUGCUUUGAAGCUUCCUGUUGCUGUCAUUGCUUUGGCCAAUGACACAGUGGGAACAUUAUUGUCUCGUUCGUACUCCAAUGACAGCUCCAAAACAAACUCGAAUACUGUCAUCGGCGCAAUUUUUGGUACUGGUACCAAUGGCGCAUACUUGGAAACAAUCGAGAAUAUCCCCAAAAUUGAACAUAAGUUCUUGCCCAAGAAUACCACUGGAAUGGUAAUCAACACUGAAUGGGGCUCUUUCGAUAACACAUUGGAGGUGUUGCAUGCAACGAAAUGGGACGCUGCAGUCGAUAAGGAAACAUCCAACAAAGGGUACCAUUUGUUCGAAAAGAGAAUUAGUGGUAUGUUCCUUGGUGAAUUGUUGCGCGUCAUUUUGAUGGACUUCUUCAAUCGUGGCUUGGUUUUCCAAGACUUGUACAAGUCUCGUGACAAUACUUUACCCCACAGAUUGACAGAGCCAUUCUUGUUAUCUUCUAAGAUCUUAUCGUACUUGGAAAUCGACGACUCGACCGAAUUGAAGAUGUCUGAAUUGUUGAUGGAAAACGAAUUGAGAUUGCCCACAACCUACGAAGAGAGACAAGCAAUUCAAAGACUCACAAGAAUCAUUUCGUCGAGAGCAGCUUCUUUGUCUGCUAUUCCAAUCGCGGCCAUUGUCACCCGUGUUAAGGACCAAUAUGCCGAUGACGAUAAAGACUUCGAGGUCGGAUGUGAUGGGUCUUUGAUUGAGUUUUAUCCAGGCUUCAAGCAGAAAGUAUUGGAUGCUUUUGAAGUCAUUAACCCCUUGCAGGGAACCAACAAAAAAUUGCAUUUGAGAAUCGCAAAGGAUGGUAGUGGUGUUGGAGCAGCAUUGUGUGCUUGCAUGGUAUAA